UCAAACUUUCCUAGCUUGUUCUCUUUGUUUGUCUCUAUUUCUACUUGAAAUUUAUUUAAUUAGCCAUGUCUGAAGGCCAAAGAGAUGUAUACUACCAUGAUCCAUUUCAUGAUGAUCAAAGAACAAGUGAUACACUUUUUUCAUUCUUUGGCCCGAAUUCCACAAUUAGAGAUGAGUCGUCUUCAAUUAUAUCACAGCCUACUACUACUACUGCUAAUCAUCAAAGAUUCCAAGACUACAUGGGUUUAACUCACUUCUUCAAUAAUAAUGGAUCUAGUAAUAUCGAUUACGACACUACACCAGCUGCCGUAACCACAAAUAAUUUUGGUUAUUCACCUUCUGCUUGUUCAGCACAACAAGUUUUUAUUGGACUUGAUGAUCAUCAAGAUGACCAAAUCAAGCCGGUUAUGGACCCAGCCGGACUCUUGGUUGGCGUUACUCAGGAGAGCUCUCCUGUUAAGCCAAACUCUCCUAAUAAUUCCCUCCUUUCGUCGUCUACGGAGGCUGCUGACGAUGAAGAUGAACUCAAAGAAGCCGUUGGUAAGAAGCCGCAGGAACCGAAAGGCGUAUUGGAAGAUGGAGGAGUAGAUAGCUCUAAGAAAGUGAAUAAGCAGCAGAAGAAGAAAGAAGAAAAAAAGCAAAGGGAACCGCGGUUCGCGUUUAUGACAAAGAGUGAUAUUGAUCAUCUUGAAGAUGGAUACCGAUGGAGGAAAUAUGGACAGAAAGCCGUCAAGAAUAGCCCCUAUCCCAGAAGUUACUACCGAUGCACAACUCAAAAGUGCACGGUGAAGAAGCGGGUGGAAAGAUCGUAUCAAGAUCCGUCGACGGUAAUCACCACAUAUGAAGGACAGCAUAACCAUCACUUGCCUGCAACACUGAGAGGAAAUGUUGGUGGCGGAAUGUUGUAUCCGCCAUCAUCUGCUAUGACAAUGAUGGUGGCGGCACAAGGUGCCAUGAUGUCGGGUGUAGUUGCAGCAGCCGGUUCAUCCAGCAGCUUCCAGCUCCCUCUGCAUCGUGAGUUUCUAGCUCAUCAUCAUAAUGCUGGUUUCUACAAUAAUAAUAAUAAUAAUAAUAAUAAUUCGGGAGGCGGAGCUGCUACUAGUGAUCAACCGACCAUGUACUACCAGCAGCAAACGCCAUCAUCCGUAGUAGUUCAGCAUCAAAUGCAUUCAGCAGCAGCUGAUUAUGGCCUUUUACAAGAUAUGGUCCCAUCCAUGACGACUUUUUUUAAACAAGAACCCUAAAUUAUUAUUACACUAGCUAGCUCCGUACGUACUACUCAUCCCGACCCCUACCUACCUCGAUCAGCUCUCCCGCAAAACCUCUGACCUUUUGUUGACUUACUUUCACCAUGCAUCUAUUUUAUAUAUAUUUCUUGAUAUCCAUUUGGUAGGGUGGUGUUGUUGUUUUUGCGCGCAGUAUGUAUAUAUACAGCCAUGAAUCUGAUGAGCAUGCAUAUAUAGAGAUCGAAACAUGCAUGAUAUAUAUAUAGCUACUUUUAAUUAUGUAAUUACACUUUCUAGAGGAUAUAUUUUAUAUCCCUCUAUAAUUA